GUCGUUACACGUGUCGUCGUUCCAUCCAUUUAUUUGCGUGAGUGGAGGAGAAGAGUUGGUUCUAGCAUGCAGACGACAUAUAAUGAUGCUGUUAGAGCUCUAAACCGACUGCAGUCAAAUGCUGAAGCUGUUGCUCGUAUAGUUAGCAGUGGAGACGGAGAUAGACAUAUGAGAAUGUUAGAGAUAGAGUCGUGUUUGAAACUGCUGGGAAUAAAUGUGGAUGAUCUUGAUAGAUUGUCUGUAAUUCACGUCAGUGGUACAAAAGGAAAGGGUUCCGUCUGUGCAAUGGUUGAGAGCAUUUUGCGACAUUCAUCGCUCAAGACAGGUCUUUACACAUCUCCGCACCUAGUUGAAGUAAGAGAACGCAUUCGCAUCAACGGUGUACCUCUGUCUCAAAAUGCCUUUGCUUCCUACUUCUGGGAUUGUUUUCACAAACUCAAAGUGCUGGAGGAGGAGACGUCUGGACCACAGUAUUUUAAAUUUCUAACUGCAAUGGGCUACUAUGUUUUUCUGAAGGAACAAGUCGAUGUUGCUAUUGUAGAAGUUGGUAUUGGUGGUCAAUUUGAUUACACGAACAUUGUUAGGAGGCCUGUCGUCUGUGGCAUUACAGCUCUUGGUUAUGAUCAUACCUCUAUGCUUGGCAAAACGAUAGAAAAAAUUGCAUGGCAUAAGGCUGGUAUUAUUAAAAAAGGAGCUCCAGUAUUUACUGUGAAACAAGAUUCUGGUGGACUUAAUGUUAUCAUGGAGAAGGCUAGAGAGUUAGGUGCACGUCUGUUUCUUGCACCAGAACUAUCGCAGUAUCCUGGCAUUUUUCCUGAGCUGUCACUGGAGGGAGAGCAUCAGUAUACUAAUGCUUCAUUGGCGAUACAAAUUUGUCAGUCAUGGCUGUCUGCAAGAAAGAAUGGCACAGCUGAAAAUGACAUAGCCGAAAGCUUAUGGCAUUGUAAGAGUGUCUCAGAAACAAGUGAAAAUGAUGCUAUUACUGCUAAUGGACAUGCCGAGUCUCACGAGGUUCCAACAGCUUCAGUAUUUGACCUCGCUGAUAAUUUUAGAAAUGGAUUGAAGACUUGUUUCUGGCCAGGCAGAAAUCAAGUGAUCUCUAGACCACGUAUAACAUAUUUUGUAGAUGGAGCUCACACACCAAGAAGUCUUCGAGCUUGUCAAAAUUGGUUCUUGAAAUCUUUGACCUCUAAUUCUACCAAACAAACCACUACUCAGUUGGCAAGAGUGCUUAUGUUCAACUGCACAAGUGGUCGGGAUCCUAACCAACUGCUGUCCGAACUAAAGGGAAUUGAAUUUAAUUUUGCUAUUUUCUGCCCUAAUCUAGCUCACAGAGAUGAUGUAUAUGCAGACCAGAUGAGUUACAGACUGAAUGAUAAGAGAGACAUUGCUUCUUGCUAUAAGAACGAGUCAGCUUGGCAUGCUGUUUCCGGCAGCGAUCAGAAUACGUUAGUUUUCUCUUCAGUGUACGAUGCUAUCUAUUGGCUUGAUCAACAACAAGACCCACUGCUAGUGGAACGUCCACAAAAGGGCGUGGAAUUUCCUCCUGUACAGUGUCAGUUAGCAACAGACUGUCAUAUACAGUUGCUUGUAACAGGAAGUAUUCACCUUGUUGGGGCUUUGUUUAGAGCUCUUGGCCCUCAGAUUGCCCCUACGUGUUGAAUUGAACUUUGUUUGAUAAGUUUUAUUCAGGUAUUGAGUUUGUAUGCUUUAUUGAAUGUAAUCAGAAGAUUGAACCAUAAUAUUAUGUUAUUACCACUCCA